AUGUAUAAAGCUCUAGCGUUUUUUGCUUUGAUUGUUAUUGGACUAGCAUCUGCCUCUCGACCAUUGAUUAUUCAACGAGAAGCAGGUCAACGUUCAAGUUGGAAAUUGAAACCGGCAAAUAAUAAUCUUGAUCUCUGCCAUUAUUGUGUUGAUGAAGCUGUUCAAGCCAUCAACGUUAUAGUGAACCUGAUUCUGGAUGAGGAAAUUUUCGAUACCUGUUCUGACUUAUGUAAAGCAGUUGCUAAUAAAUCUGGUUCGUCAACAAUAGGCGAAGCUUGUACUAUUAUAUGCGAUACAUUUGGUUUUACAGAAUUUAUUUGA